UUGGUUGCUCUCGGAGCACAGUUUGUCCUCACAGCUGAGCUGGGCUUCUCCCUUUGGUGCAGCAGCAGCAGCAUCAAUUGUUUACUUCUCGUUUCAGUUCAGACUGCUCUUGCAGCCUUUAUUACAUCUGCUGUGGAUUUAAUAAAUGCAGGUGCUUUAUGCCAGCCAGCUAAUACACACUGACAGCCGAAACAACCAGCUCUCAGUAUAUUGUGGCCAAAGGCAUGUCACAUUUGACCUGCCCGCCGCUGCUGCUGCUGCUGGGGCGGCGCUAGCCUGUCAGCUAGCCGCCGGCCGUUAGCUCAACUGCUGCGGCCGACCGGCAAAGUAGCCGCCCGGCAAGUUGGACAAAAAUUCACAAAAGACAAAUAACACUGUCGAAACCAAAUACUCAAAGGGUUCAUCCGCAGUGCUUGGAACUUUUUUGAGUCUCAUGCCGACUUUAUUCGCUGUUUCCACUCGCUGUUUGGAAAGGGUACUGACUGCUGCGGUGCGUCAAAAAUGUUACUGCUCAGCACAAACCGCCUACUAGGAAGAGGAAAAACUUUGAUCCCGAAUCCCAUUAAGAGGAUUUGCUUAAACAUGUCGUCCACCGCUCCUUCGGGUAAGAGACUGCGGGUCCUGGUCGACAUGGACGGAGUCCUGGCAGACUUUGAGGGUGGGUUCCUGAAGAAGUACCGGACCAGGUACCCGGGGGAGCCCUACAUCACCCUGGAAGACAGGAGAGGGUUUUGGGUGUCAACGCAGUACGGGCAGCUGAGGAGUGACCUCUGUGAGAAAGCUAUCAGCAUCUGGGAGUCCAAAGGUUUCUUCAUAGACUUGGAGCCGCUGCCAGGAGGAGUGGAGGCAGUCAAGGAGAUGGCCAAGAUGGAUGACACAGAUGUCUUUAUUUGCACCAGUCCUAUAAAACAUUACAAACACUGCCCACACGAGAAGUAUGCCUGGGUGGAGAAGCAUCUGGGCCGUGAUUUUCUGGAACAGGUCAUCCUGACCCGAGACAAAACCUUAAUCAGCGGUGACGUCCUCAUAGACGACAAGCCUGACAUUCUGGGUGUGGAGUCCAAUCCAGCGUGGGAGCACAUCCUAUUCACUGCCUGCCACAACAAGCACCUGCCGCUCAACCCCCCCCAGAGACGGCUCCUGUCUUGGUCGGAUGAUUGGCGGGCCGUGCUGGACAGCAAAAGGCAGUGAGGAGCUCCUUCACGGCGCAGCCUCAGCAUCCUGGCGUCCUGGUUAGUGGAAGAUUUGGGGCUCACUGCUAUGACCUCAACAUCAUUGUCCCCACUAGUGGGUGCGGAGGCUUGAGAGGGAUCAGUGCAGUUUACGUUUCAGGUUUAGAGGAAGUCGUGUUGCACACGGAAUAGGCUGUUGAUUCACUGUUAGAUGAUGUUUACUUGACGACCACAAGGGGGCACUCUAAGACUGUAUGUACUUGUGUAUGCGACUACAUUUUGAACAAUUUUACUGAAAGAGAAGGACAGUUGAUGCACGGUAAGUCAAAAAGGACAGACUGUGUUGAGUGACCCUGAUGGUUAUGGAUUCAGUUUGCAUUCCAGAUGUUUCUGUGGUUCCUAAUUUGUAUUUUGAGUAAGGCAAAAUGAAUUUCAGAGCCACUGCGUGGUUUAUCUGUGGACUGCAUCACAAAAGGUUUAUCAAUAUUUCACAGCACUGUGUUGCACCAGUGACUCAGCGUAAUGUGAUUCACAGCAGGGCACUCCGCUGCACUCAAAAAUGUUCAAAAAUACUCUCUGAGGUGCAGGUGCCUGAGAAUACUUGCAAUACGCAAACGCAGGAAAGUGACUUAGACUUAUAAUUACUCUUAACGGUACUGUUAGGUCGUCUGUGUGGGUAUGUACCAGGCCGCUGUUACGUAAAUACAGAUGUACUGUGAAAUCCACUCUGGUUUUUAACAAGAUUAAAAGCCUACAUAGGUGCUGGGUUUUUUUUUUAAAUACAUAUUUCCUCAACACUUCACUGAUACCCGGAUGUGAGAAGAAGUUGCACACGUGCAUGUUGCCAAACAUUACUACUGUAGCUUAUUGUAGUCAGUGAAGAUAUGAGUGAUAUUGGUUAAAGGGGACCUAUUUUGCUCAUUGCCAAUUCCAUAUUUUAUUUAAAACUCUGGUAAAGGAGCUUCGCAUGAUUCACAGUUCAUUAUAAACAUCAAUUCAAUCACACUGGACCUUUCUGCCAACCCUCGGUUCAUCUUCGGUCCUGAACAAGUCAUUUAGCUCCCUUCCCCCUCCCUCAGAGCUAACUGUGUUCUGAUUGGCUGUCCCUCACAAACAGAAGAUUUGUAGCAGGUGGCUUUCUGAGAACUACACAAUAGAUGCUAAAUAUGUGUUAAUGGAAGAUGUAUGUAGUGCUUGUCUUAUUGUGCCUAGCUUGGUGUACAAAUUCAAAUGUUCAUUCAGUUCAGUCACUGUUUCAAUGCUGUGUUCUGCUCCCUCUCUGUUCAAACUCAUGCAGAAAACAUUAGCAUGAUGAUCUGGGCAUUUUAAAUGGUUGUCUUUUUUAAUCAGUGCUAUUAAAAAUAAAAUUGCAUUCCA